AUGACCAUGGGCCUCUCAAGGCUGGUCCUUGGAAUUGUGGCGGUCUUCGCUCUCGUGCGUGUGGCUGACUCCGAUUGUGGAACUGGCUCAUACUCAGCAAACGGUACUGAGUGCAUUCCAUGCCCCGUUGGAACCUAUGCACUUUUCUCCGCAAAAAGCUGCAAGACUUGCGAGCUUGGUUCGAUGCCCUUAAUUGCCCUCGAUGGCAGCUCCUGUUUGGCUCGACCACAGGCCCGCUGUUCACCUGGCACCUAUAUUGAGGCACCAGCCACUUCAAGCUCAAAUGUGCAAUGCAAAAACUGCAGCCAAGGAACCUUCAGCUCUGAAGUGAACAGUGCCACAUGCACGCCCGUGAGCACCUGCGUGCCGGGCCAGUAUGUCGCACAAGAGCCGACACCAUCGUCCGACGCCGACUGCGCCAAUUGCAACACGACCGAGGCCACCCUUUCGGCCGACACCAUCUGCUUGGCAUGCGAGAGCAACGAGUUUAGCACCGACACCACGGCACCGGAAUUCAACAUGUCGUUCCCAAAGGAAGUGGUCUACAAGCUGGGGUCGACACAGAGGCUGCCAGAGCCUGGGGCAUGUGAUUUGUGCGAUGGGAUUGUGGGCGUUUCCAGGACAUUGUGGCCCUCGGAGAAUGUUGCGACGGGUGCCGUUGAUUUUGACACUAGCGGUCGAUAUGAGAUCAACUACACCAGCAGCGACGACGCGGGCAAUGCGGUGGUGGGCACCUUGGACGUGGUCGUGGUUCCAGGCGAGGGGCCUUGCUUGAUACUCAACGGGCCCAACCCAAUGACGGUGGGCUAUGGUUCGUCGGUGUCUGACCCGGGAGCCAAGCUGUACGUGGAUCAGGAGGCCAUGGAUUCGGUUCAGCUUGGCAGCAACUUUUCGACGCAACUGGCAGUGGGGACGCAUGUUGUGACGUACUGGCUGGAGGAUGACUGGUCAGGCCUUGAUCCGCCUUCCCAGGUGUCGCGACGCUUGCACGUGGUAGAUGACACGCCACCGGUGAUACAGCUGCUGGGGCCUGCGGUGUGGCGGGGCGAGGUGGGAACACCGUACGUGGAGCCGGGGUGGAAUGUAACGGACGACGUGGACCGGAAUGUUUCUGUGACGGUGGUGGAUCACAGCUUCAACGCGGCCACGCCGCUGGUGGCGGGCUCUGUGGUGUAUGUGGCACGCGACUCGGCGAACAAUACGGCCACCGUGACGCGGCAAAUUGUGUGGGAGGAUACGCGAGCACCAACGAUCACGAUGCGGGGAACCAACCCGAUGUUUGUGCAGAUGCUGACCGACUUUGUGGACCCGGGUGCCACGGUGACGGAUGCGGGAGACCCGAGCCUUGGGCCGGCACUGGAGGCCUCGAGCAACAAUGUGAGUACGGAUGAGGCCGGGGUGUAUGCCGUGUGCUACCGCGCGCUGGAUGAGCGGCAGAACGAGGCGGUGGUGUGCCGGCGCGUGGUGGUGGGAGAUCGCGUGGCCCCCAAGUUCUUGAACCUGCAGGCGGUGUAUGAGACAAUUUCGAGCAACUACUCGGAUCUGAAUCCGCGAGCAGUGGGCAUGCAUGCGGUGACGCUGCGCGUGAGCGAUGCGAGCGGCAACGUGAAUGUGACGGUGGUGCGGGUGGCGCUGCGGGAUAGUCGAGCGCCCAACCUGACGCUGCACUAUGUCGAGCCGUGGGACUUUGAGCGAGGGCCAGGCUGGCAGGACCCGAUGAAUGUGAGCGCCGUGGAUGCGGUGGCGGGUGACGUGCGGUCCAGCGUGAAGCGACGAGCGGUGGUGAUGACGACGGGCGUGCCGGCAUCGAUUUGUGAGGGCGCGAACCAGUACUACGCGGCCAUGACAGGGCAGGAGGGGAGCAGCGACAAUGGCCUGACAGGGCUGGUGAGCGCGAGCGAUAUGCCGGAGCCUGGACCGGUAGCCGCUGUCAAUGGAUGGGCAGUGGCGGGCACGGAAUACCGGCUGGAGUAUUCCGCGAACGAUGGCAACGGUAACGUGGCGCAUGAGGCAGCGCACAUGCGGAUUGUGGACACGCGGGCGCCGCGACUGGAGGUGGACGAUCUGGUUGUGGCCGAGUAUGGGGUGGGGUCGAUGUUUGUGGACCUUGUGCACCCAGAGCCGGUGGAUGAACCGAAUCAGGACCUGCGGGGUCGGCUGUGCGCUGUGGCGUGGCGUUACGAGUUGACGGCGGGGCUGGGGGAGCGCGUGAGCGGCAAUGACGCAGGGGUACUGGUACCCGUGUAUGCAGAGGCGCGAUGGCGGGAGUAUGCGCGAGACCCAUCGGCAUGGGAGUCGAUGGCAGUGCCGUUGGCGGAGCUGACGCUGGAUGCGAUGGUGGGCACGCUGUACCGAGUAUCGUUUGAGGUGUUGGACGUGGGAGGGUUGAGCGCCAACGGCACGACGUGGGUGCUGGUGGACGACCGCACGGCGCCGGAGCUGACGGUUGAGGGCGGUGUGGGACGGCGGACCUACGAGUUUGGUCGGCAGGUGGCCGUUCCCAGGGUCACGGCAAUGGACGCGCACGACGGCAACUUGACGGCGCACGUGGCAGUUGAGGGAGCGGCGGAGGUGUCGGGGGAGCGUGCGGGCAACUACACGGUGAGCUAUGUCUGUCGGGACCGGUUCAACAACGUGGCUCGGGAGGAGGUGGAGAUUGAGGUGCAGCGCUUUGAGGCCCCGCCGCGUGAAAAUGUGUUUGUGGCGCCGCUGGCGCGCAUGCCUGUGGAUGUGGCGAGCCAGGAGCGAUCGCUGCGGACGCACCUGCGGCAACCGCAUGUGUUUGUUGUCUCGGUCGUACCGGCUGGAACAUGGCCGUUGCCGUACAACCAGAUGCCGGGAGCACGCACGAGCUUGGUCAAUGAGACGGAGCGGAAUGCGACUGAGACGGAGACGGAGACCACGGCUGGGCAAGAGCGGCGAUCGACGACGAGCAGCUACGUGGUUGGGUUUGCGGUGCGCAACAGCACGACGUGGGCGUGGCUAUCGGUGGCGGAGAUGGAGGCGUGGUUGGCGGGCCUGGAGGCGGUCAACGGGACGGGCUCGUCGUUGUCAGCGGUGGUUGUGUCGCUGGCAGAGUAUGAGAGCAUGACGUCGGGGGGUGGAGGAGCGGCGUCGACGCGGCGUGCAGAGACGACGGAGGGGUCGGCAUCGUCACGGGCGGCAUCGGAGAGCGGGGGCUCGAUGAUUACGGUGCUGGUGAUUGUGCUUGCGUCGUUGGUUAUGAUUGGGCUGGUGUUGCUGGUGAUUAAGCUGGUGUGGGUACGGCGUCGACGACGGGCGCGAGUGGCGCGAGUGAAGCAGGAUCUGCAUUCAAGCCCGCUGGGGUUGAUGGACAAUCCGCUGUAUGGGCAGCCGCUGGCGGAUCCCGACUCGGAGACGUUGCGACCGGGCAGUGGUCGAGGCUCUGGGGUAGGUGGAUCGGACAAGGGUGACCCCUCGUACGGCCAGGCCUUGUAUUCCGCGCUGGACCAUUCGGCAGUAGCUUGGGGAUAUGAGCCUGCGGCUGGCGCGGAGAACCAGUAUGAUCGCUUGAGUGCGACUGGCAGCAGCAGUCUGGGGUCGACGGUGGCUGCGGGCGCGGGAGUGUCGAUGUCAGACAGUCUCACGAUGCACGAGAGCAAUGGCCAGUAUGACCAGCUGAACAAAGCCGGCUUCGGCUGGGCCCCGUUUGGGUCAGGAGGAGCUGGAGCAGGGGAGCCGGGAGCGACGGGGAACGAGUACGACACCCUGGAUCUUGGAGCUGUUGGGGGCACUGCGACGGCGGGCACGGACGGAACAGCUGAAGUGGCUGGAAUGGACGCGAUGAUGAAUAUGGGGGAGACGGCCGAUUACUCGGAGGUGUCUGAUGGCCCUCGGCGUCUGGCGGGGAUGGAUGUGUAUGCCAACCCGAACGAAUGUACACCUGUGAGCGGGACAGAGGCAGAGGCAUCGAUGGUGGAAGAUGAGGCAGAGGCAUCGACGGCGGAGGCUGAGACAUCGACGGCGGAGGAUGAGACAUCGAUGGUGGAGGAUGAGACAUCGAUGGCGGAGGCAGAGGACGUGCCUGCUGCAGGGACUGCGGAUGAGGCGAGGGUGGCGAUGCCUGGUGCCGAGAUGGAGAGUGUGGCCAGUGGAGCAAACAAUGCGCUGGUGAACUUUGUUGUGCCGCCUGCGCCUGAUGGUGGUGGCAAUGACGCUGAGGAGGCGAGGCGGGAUGAGUUGGUCAACGACGAUCUCCCUGAGGGGGUCUCGGCAUCGGACGAAACGGGUGGCCUUGCGACGUUUGAGACACCAAAUGUUGCGACAUCGCCGGCGGUUGAGUCAAAGCCGGAACCUGCUGCCGGAUCAGUGCCCUUGGCCUCGGGCUUGGACCAGCCACCUAGCCGGGUGGGAUCGGCCAAUGAGACGGCUGGUGUGCCCUCAUUGGCGGCGGCGGUGGUGGCCUCGAAGCCUGUUCGCCUGCCUGGCCGCGUUGGGCCCAUGGAGCGGGAGGGUGGCAGUCCCAGUGGCACGCCAGGAUCGAGCCCGCACAGUACGCUGGAGCGCCCGGCAUCAUCGACGGGUGCAGGAGCGGGAACGGGGGCGAGUGGCGAUGCCGCAUCGGCGGGAGAGUGGCGAGAUGAGGCAACGGGCGUUUCCUACGAGCUGUCGCGUGACCUAGGGCCGCGUGCGCGGCGUCGGCGAAGCCCGGUGCCAGAGGGCUCCGGUGCUCAGCAGCCGGCUGGCCGUGGGCAAGAGGAUGAGAAGAGCGUGGCGCGUGAGGCUGGCGAUGGGGUGGGGGCGCUGCCUGGAUCGGAGCGGGGUGAGCCGGGGCCGGUGGGCCGUCAGCGAUCUGGGACGAUUUCGGUGCAGCGGCUGGUUGUGUGUGACUUGAACCGUGUGGCGGCGGAGCAGCAGCUGUUGGGGCUGCAUGCGCCGGUAGGGUCGUACCUGAUUCGACACAAGCCGGUGGCCGGAUGCCGGGAGUCGUAUGUGGUGAGCGUGGUGGGAGUGCAGGAUCAGCGGAUUGUGCAUUAUCGGCUGCAGCUUCGGGAGAACCUGCCAGACUUUGUGGCGGAGAACCGUAUUCUGGGCGGGUGCCGAGAUUUGCAAUCGGCGAUUGACCGCCUGAAGCGGGGCGUUGAGCUUGGCUUUGCCAUCAACCUGACCCACGCCGUCUCUCCCAACUAUGAGUGCUAG